UAGGGUCAAAAAUAUUUAAUAAAAAAUUAAUAACGUGUAUUAAUUUCAUUUAAAUCAUUUAAAGUACAUAUAAUGGAUAUUGAACAUGAUACGCGAGAUAACAUCGUAAGAAAAAUUGAAGAUAUUAUAGAUAUACAAAAAGCAAACGGUAAUAUCAACGCCCGACAAGUUGCGUUUAAGUUACCUUCCGAAACAAAUAGUAGUAUUUCCGCUAAUUUAGGGAAGAGUUUAGAAACUGGGUUGUCAAUAGUUAAAUCAGAACAUACCAAGAAAAAGGAAAGAUCACGACAAAAGUAUCAAAAAGAAUCGUCCGAUGUGAUAUCGUGGCCCAGCGAUUCUGAUAUCACCGUAUUGAGAAUGAAGCUAUGUGCUAACGAUAUGAAUGACAAAAUGGAUAAUGUGGCCUUGGGAGAUGGUCUUCACCAGCCGCACAGUUCGUCCAUGGUUAAUUUGGCGACAGUAAUGUUACAGUCACAACGUGCGUCUAAACAUAGUCUUGAUGUUGAAGAGUAUUUAUUACCGUUAACUUCUUGGGAACACGCUAUAAGUUUUACUGCGUGCUGCCAACAUACAAAAAAACAAUUAACUCAAGCUAUUUCGAAUACCUCAGAUAUGAAUCAAAAGAUUGUUAUCGCUAAAAAUAUAUAUCAAGAUGGUAAUAUUUCACCAAAAUUCAGUGGUGAUAGUGAUUCGGGCACUACUGCUAAGUCCAAAUUUGCAAGAUUUCUACGUCUAUACUUUUGCCCUUGCUGCACUUGCCUUUAUAAAUUGGAAAUGCAAGAUAAGUAACUACGUUCUCAACAAAUUUUUGAAGGAAAAUAUUGAUUCGUGACGCAUUG